ACAAGAAGUACAAGGAAUCCUUCAAACUGCAAAAAAUCAUGGAGUGUUUCAAAUUCUGCAUCUCCUUUCUUGUCCUUCAAACUCUCUUGACCAUUUCACGUAUAACCGCGACAGUUUCACCAAGCUGUCCUGUGGUUUUCAGAGAAUAUAUUGGAGCUCUAGGCAAGAAUGUAACAUUUUCUGAUGUUCCAAUUAAUCCGAACGUUAAGUUUCACUUCCUCCUCUCCUUUGCUAUAGACUACACAAACACAAUUUCACCACAACCAACUAAUGGUGACUUCCUGAUCUAUUGGGACACUGAUAACCUCACCCCUUCUCAUAUUUCUUCUAUCAAGGCUAAGCAUAAAAAUGUAAAGGUAGGUAUGAGUCUUGGUGGUGAUACAGUGAACGGUAAAAAUGCCACCUUUGCUCCUACAUCGAUUACAUCUUGGGUGAGAAAUGCAAUAUAUUCAAUCACCAAGAUAGCGAAAGAGUAUAACCUGGAUGCAAUAGAUAUAGAUUAUGAACACUUCAAUGUAGAUCCAGAUACAUUUGCAGAGUGCAUCGGGAGACUGUUGUACUUCCUUAAACAAAACAAUGUCAUCUCUUACACAUCAAUAGCACCAUAUGCAGAUGAUUCAGUGCAGGUGCAUUAUUUAGCACUCUGGAGAAAGUAUGGUCAUCUAAUAGACUAUGUCAACUUCCAAUUUUAUGCCUACGCGAAGGGCACAACCAUUCCUCAAUUCCUGCAGUACUUUGAAACACAGAGAUGUAACUAUAAAGGAGGCAAGAUUCUUGUGAGUUUUGGAACUAAUAAUAUUGGCGGCUUGUCUCCUGAACAUGGAUUCUUUGAUGCAUGCACCAUACUAAGGAGCCAGGGGAAACUUCACGGUAUCUUUAUUUGGUCUGCAGAUGACUCUAUGAAGGAUCAUUUCCGAUAUGAAAAGCUGUCACAGAACCUCUUAGCAAGUGCAGCUUAGAUAUCUUGCAUCGAUUUAAGGCAAUAUUUUGUAGGCCAUGACAAAAGAUAAAAAUUGGAAUGCUAGAAUGUUAUUUCUUAUUUCGGAGACUUCUCUAGGAAAUAAGACAUGUAUGAGGUUGUACUUGUAUUGUGGUCUUAGAAUCAAAAUAUUGAUGCAAACAAGUUCA